AUGAACACUUCUCUCCGAUCAGCCAAUCGUUCUCAAAUUCUCAUUCUCUACCGAAAAUUGCUCCGAGUGGGUUAUCAAUGGCCUCGAUGGGAGGACUCUGAUGAUGGUGCAUAUCUGGGUGAUUUCAUAUUGGAAAAAACAAAAAAAGAAUUUAGAAAGAAUAUAAAUGUUGUGGAAACUGGUCCGUUGUUGGAAAGAGCAAGACGGGAAUUGAGAUUUCUACAAACUCUACAGGCUGAUAUCUUUAAAAAACAAUUUGUAUUGAAGAGAAAUUAUUCCGAGUCUGCGGAGGAAAUUGAUCAUAGUGCGAAAUAA